AUGGCGGCGACGCCAACCAACCCAGAUAGCCUGGUUGAGCACGAAACCUCUGCGGGGAUGAUCAGCGAAAAACUUGGGGAGAAGGGCGGAGAUAUGAAUAAGACCGGUGCUAUUCAGGAAGUGCCUCUUCCGAGUUACGACGACUCCGAAUCUCUCUCCAAAGGGGCAGCUCCCCUUACAACCGCGGAGGAGAUUGUCACGCAUGUCAUUCAAGUCGACGAUGACCCAACACUCAAUCCAUGGACCUUCCGCAUGUUCUUCAUUGGUCUUGGAUUGUCCGCAUUUGGAGCGGUCUUGCAAGAAAUCAUGUACUUCAAGCCCCAGGUUGUUUACGUCUCGGUCAUGUUCUUGACUGUCCUUGCUCAAACUAUGGGUACGGCCAUGUCUACCUUCAUCCCCCGAAGAGGUGUCAUUGGCCGUUUUCUUAACCCUUUCCCGUGGAACCGAAAGGAGCACACUGCGGCAGUCCUCAUGGCAUCAGCGGCAGCCGUCUCGGCCUUGUCAACGGAAGCUUUGGCUGUGCAAAAACUCUACUACGGAGGAUAUCCUAAUCAAGCUGCAGGAAUCUUCAUUACUCUUUCUUCACAACUCAUUGGAUAUGGUGUUGCAGGCAUGAUGCGGAAUGUUUUGGUGAACCCGACCUCAAUGCUGUACCCCAUUAAUCUACCCAUCACGACUGUCAUGGAGACCCUGCACAAGCCGAAGGAGGAGACCAGACAGAGAUUCAAGGUAUUCUGGAUCGUAUUUGCGGCAAUCUUUUGCUGGGAGUGGUUCCCCGAGUACAUCUUCCCGCUUUUGUCUGCGGUUUCCAUUUUCUGCUUGGCUGAUCAACACAACGCCGUCUUCACAAACCUGUUCGGAGGCUCUCAGGGUAACGAGGGCAUGGGAUUCCUGUCAGUUUGCUUUGACUGGAAUUACAUCGCCGGGUUCGGAUCACCACUUUGGAUGCCGCUGCAAACUUUGGUCAACAGUCUCAUCGGUUAUCUCGGAGGUAUUAUCCUUUCCAUGGCACUUUACUACGGAAACAUUUGGAGAGCCCAGGACUUCCCUUUCAUGUCUCAACUCCUCUAUGACCAGAGCUCAAACACGACCAACUUUGUCCCAUACGAUGAGACUUCAAUCAUGAACGCAGACUUCACUGUGAACAGCACUCUGAUAGAGCAGGCUGGAGCGCCUUAUCUUACCGCAACAUACGUGAACUAUCUCAUCACAUCCAACGCUGGGCUCACUGCCACUAUUGUUCACAUGUUCCUCUGGAAUUACGCUGAAAUCAGCCUUGGAUGGGCUUGGAUGACAAUGAGCAAUUUGAAGAAGAUCUUGGACCCUUCCCUUUAUAUGUUCUGGCGUCACGGCGGUGGUCGCACUGAGGAAGAGAAGGAGCAAAUUCGUCAGGACCCUCUAAUUGACCCUCAUUAUAAGUUGAUGCUUGACUACGAGGAAGUCCCGAGCAGUUGGUAUUUCUUAGUGUUUGCUGCCAGCUGGAUCACUGGUCUUGUAUGCUUAUACGUGAUGAAGUCCACUCUUCCGUGGUGGGGCUUUAUUAUCGCGACCAUCUUCCUUAUCGUUUUCAUGGUCUUCUUUGGAGCGCAGUAUGCCAUUACGGGCUUCGGAUACAACUUGCAGCCGAUUUUCCAAAUGCUUGCGGGUUACAUGAUGCCUGGACGUCCCUUGGCUAACAUGUACUUUACCACAUACACCUACAAUGGUAUCACGCAAGGAUUACUUCUUCUCCGUGAUCUGAAACUGGCUCAACAGAACAAACUGUCACCAAAAGCUACGUUUGUCACUCAAGUCAUUGGCUGUGUUAUGGGGGCCCUUCUCAACUAUGUCAUGAUGAUAACCAUUGUCCAAAAUCAAGCAACUAUCCUCGAGUCCGCCGAAGGAACCAACAUUUGGUCUGGCGCCCAAAUCCAGCAAUUCAACACUCUUGCCAUUGCUUGGUCUAUUGCUCCCCAGAUGUUCUCUAUUGGUGCUCGCUACCAAUGGGUCACAGCAUCUUUCUUGAUUGGCUUCCUCGCUCCAUUGCCCUUCUACAUCAUGCACCGUUUCUUCCCCCGCCAGCGAAUUUGGGCAUACCUCAACACAUCUAUUAUUUUGUGGUACCUUGGAUACCUCUUUGUUGGUCUGAACGCUUCUGUCACCAGCUACUACAUUCUGGGAGCUUUCGGUCAAUUCUAUCUGCGACGUUACCGACCUCAAUGGUUUACGAAGUGGAAUUACCUUUUGUCUGCUGCACUGGACGGUGGCACCCAGGUGAUGGUGUUUUUGGCCACAUUUGCAGUUUUCGGUGGUUCUGGAAACUCAGUUGCUUUCCCGGCGUGGGCAGGUAACCGUGUCAACAAUUACGACUACUGCCUGUACAAUCCUGAGGGUUGA